UUGUCAAGCUCUGAAGAAGCCAACAGGAUGAUUGGCGAAACGUCAGCCAGUUCGACUCAGCAAAAACAGUAGCCUGUGGAAGUUUCUUUGCAAAAUUAACUAGCUCAAUUUGUUUUGAAUGUCAAUUUUGAUAGUCCAAAAUUCGGCCAACCUGUAGAACAUAUAAAUGAAUUCCGAAGAAACUUAAUUUAUAUCUACAGCUAAACUUUUGUGAAGGUUUUUUUUGCUGGUAAAAUGGUAAAUAAAUGUUCCACAAAGGAAAUACUAACAUCAAAUAAUUUGGUUUUGAUAUAAUAUUACUUAGUACACCUUUGUUAAUUUAAUUUUGAAGGCAUUUGGUAUCUAAAUAUACAACUUUUAUUUAAUUUAAUAGACUGCAGGUUCAAUGGUUGACCAUCAGGGUGUAGCCUAAAUGAUAGCCCAAACACCCAGAUGUGAUCGGAAAGGUAAUUUCUGAUCCCAAAGCUCACAUAUACAAUUGUAUAUACCGAAACUUGACUGAUUUCGAAUAAUUUAAAUGAAUUCCUCAACAAUUCUUCAUAAAUCUUUGCUGGUCGUGGCGCAGAACAUACGAAGCAAAACUUUAAACAUAUAUGUGAGGUAAAUCGAAAGUUCCACAUUCUAUUUAAUUAUAGAAGCAGCAAAACUCAACAAUGAACGUGGGUGUUCACAUUUAACCUUUCAUAUGGAAUUAGCCAUAUAAAUUGUCAUUCAUUUGGGGCAGCAAAGACGCAUGCAAUUGAAUCUAACCUAAUUAAUAAUGUAGGAACGCUCAUUCUCCCGAUUGACAACGGGUGGCGUGCUCCGGUUAUUUUCUGGAAGUUUUCGUUUUACUCGUUGAUAAUAUAUUCAUGACAAUUUUAAAGUACUUUAAAAGUCACUAAAAAAACUUAUUGUGAUAAUUUUGGCAUGGCAGCUUUACAGCUUAAGUUGUGGUUUGUUUAUAGCCACAGUAAACAAUUCCCUCUUAGUUGAGAACCAUUACUCCGUUUCUUUUUCUAUGAGCAAAUACAUUCUGGAAAAAGAAUCUGAAAAAGAUACUUUGAUGUAUGGCUAAUGGAUAUUGUUGGGGCGUUGGUAUUCCUAGUAGCUGAAAAUAAUACUGUUUGGGUAGUUCUAUGGACUGAUGGUUCCAGUGGCUAGUAUUCUUUUUCGCAACGGCUCAUAAUGUGUCCUAGUUUGCGGUAUUCCUAACACAGUGUACUUCUUCUUUUUUCUGCAUAUUUCUUCUUGUUAUCAUAUUAACUGGAUUAUACCGGGCAAGGAUCAGUAUUCGUUUGAGUAUCGUCGAGUCCAUCUAAAAUGGACUACACCGACCAAUAUCAGUACCUGGUUUCUCAAGUGCAUAUUUAAAAAUUCAUUUAAAUAAUUACUGCAGAAUGAUGCGGAUCGUGGUUGAAACUAAAACUCUGUUGUUCAUCCGUGACGUUGUUAGGAGCAGUCAAUCUCGAGGUGGUCCACUAAAGACUUGUGCGCUUUAUUAGUGGCUGCCAAAUCGUGGAUAUUUUCACUCUUGAGUUGCUAACAACUUCGUUAAUAGUUGCUGGAGUCUUUAAAUUUGCGCUUUUUGCAGGACUGGCAGCAUUGAAAGGUUCGACGAGGACAACAACCUUCGACGGAUUAUAACCAGCUACAAUCAAGCUGAGGAUAAUAUAAACGUGGUCGUUAGAGUCAGGCCGUUAAGUAAAAAGGAAACCCAGAACGGCGAUUCGUUCGUUAUCCAAUUUCCAGGAAAUGGCCAAGUCAUGGUGGACGGUAUCCCAGGGGGGCCGAGUGGUGGUCAAAAAGAGAAAUUAUUCUCUUACAACGUCGUGUUUGAGCCAGCAGCCACCCAAGAGGAUGUCCUGCAGUUUUCCGGCAUGAAACGGCUCAUAGAGAUGGCCGUCGAGGGCUUCCGAUGCACUUGCUUUUGUUAUGGUCAGACGGGUAGCGGGAAGACACACACUUUAACUGGACCACCCGGUCUCUUUGGUUUGAAGACUGCCCCGUACAGCGAUAAGCACGGAUUAGUGUUUAGGUCAUUCAUGUAUUUAUUUCAACAAAUUCAGAACCAACCUGAUAAGCACUUCGUCCUUAAGGCUAGCUAUCUGGAAAUAUACAACGAAAAGGUAAUAGAUUUACUGAAUCCGGGUAGCGCGAGAAAACCUCUGGCCGUAAGAUGGAGCAAGAAAGCUAGAGGGUUCUUUGUCGAAAAUUUAUUUACGGUGGACUGCGAAGAACUGGAUGAUUUGAUCGCUGUACUGGAAGAGGGGCUUCGCAAUCGAGCGGUCGGAAAGCAUAAUAUGAACGAUUAUUCAAGUCGAAGCCACACGAUCUUGAGCGUGUACAUUACCUCCGAGCAACCGGCGGAAAAUGGUGUUUUUAUCUCGAGAACCGGAAAAGUCAAUUUUGUAGAUCUCGCCGGUAGCGAGAUGACGAAAAAGACUCAGAGCGAAGGAAAAACUUUGGAGGAGGCGAACAACAUAAACAAAAGCCUUAUGGUUUUAGGGUACUGCAUAUCGUCCUUGAGCGAUUCUAAGAAGAGAAACCAUAUUCCCUACAGAGACUCGAAACUAACGAAAUUGCUGGCCGAUUCUUUGGCCGGGAAUGGAGUAACUUUGAUGAUUGCCUGCAUAUCGCCCGCAAAAUUUAACAUCAACGAGACUAUUAACACUCUAAGAUAUGCGGCCCGGGCGAAAAAAAUAAGGACCAAACCUGUCGUUUUGAUGGAUCCUCGGGAAGCCCUGAUACUGAGCUUAAAAAGAGAAGUUGACAUGUUGCAGACAGAGAACGAGCAGUUACGAUCAGCUCUCAACGUUUAUUCGGUCUCCACACCUUUACAUUCUGCUAGAACCAUAGACGAGAGGCUGGCGGAAUCUACGCUGCACGUGAAUUUGGACGAGCUGGCCAAACUAGACGGACCUCAAUUGGCCGAAUUGGUCAGACUCUACGUAAAAGAAAACGGAGAUCUGCGCAAAGAGAACAUCGAACUGUUUUCCUCGCGGGAACUUUUGCAGAGAGACCACGAACUGGUUUGCAGAGAAAAUGAACGUUUACUCAAGAGGCUCGACGAGUUUAGCGCAUCUUCGCCUCCUGUACCUACAAGAUCCGCAUUUUCGGCGGAGGUGCUCAACAAUUCCGACUCCGAUAUCACCACAAACGUUUGGACUAAUCCGGACCAAAUCAAAUCGAUGUCGUUGGACUCUUCGAGUAAGGAAAUGCCAGAGUUCAUACAAAAAGAAAUGGACAAACGACGUAUCGGAAAUAACCCCACGAAAGAUCUGAAUUUGGGCAACAGGCGUCCAAGUUCUUGGGAAGAAAAACCCAACGCACCAAAAAUUGUCAGGACGAGAAGUUCGACAUCCGACGGAAACUCGGACAAAGGAAAAAUCCUUAGGAAUCCCUCAAUCGACAAGUUAAAAGCUCCGACGUCUGAAAAAAGACGAUUUUCGAUAGCGAAACCUAAAGAUGACGGUGACAACGUCAGCAAGUGUUCCGAAGAAGUGUUUGGUAGCGUGAUAGUGCCUAGCGAUGAAGAUGAUUUAUAACGCAAUAUCAACUAGAUAAAAUCUAGCUUUACUUUAGAAAAGCGAAGUUUCCAGUACUUUAGGAGUACCACCUCCGAAGCGAAAAAGCGGAGUUGAUGGUUUAAUGUUCGAUGACCAUCAGCUGCAUAGAGAACGGAGUAUUAGAUCCGUAAUUUAUGCAUUAGCAAUUGUAGCCAGAUCAAAUAAAAUUUUUAUAAAAAAAUGAAAUAAAUAAUUUCAAAAAUAAAUAAGGAUUAAAAGUUCAAGAUUUUCACGAAAUUAUAUAUAUUCACAUGACAAUUGUUUCUUUAUCAAAUGUGAAAUGUUUGAUAAAGACACGGUGUUGUCGAAACACGUGUCAUGUAAAAAAUGUAUAAUUUCGUGAAAAUCUGAACUUUUAGUUCUUAUUUAUUUUGAUAAGUGAAUUUCCAUCAAGUAAAAGCCACCUGAGUUCAAAUAAUUUAAAUCUUUCGUUUGCCAAAAAACUCCUCGAUAUCAAUUUCCAACCAACUCUCAACAUUGCUCCAAAUGUUAGUUCAAAAAUUAAUAAAUAAACUUUAACGGCCUGUAUCAUAAAGGCGGAGGUGCUGUAGGAGCAGGUUAAAAGAAUAUUUUUGUCUUAAAAUUGGCCAAGGAAUCAUUGAAUUCCACCGCAUUUACUGUCGAAGAGAUUAUUUUGUGGCCACUAAGUACGAAAGAUGUCUAGAGAAAAAAAUUAACUUAAAUAGUGCAAAACAAAAAAAAACAAAAAUUUCAAAAUUUUACAAUCUUUGCGUCAAGCUCGUCAGCUUCGACAACCUGUGCGUUCCAUCGAAAAUGCACCGAAAAGCAUUACGACCAGCAAUACAUUUUUUGAAAAAGCAUUUCAAAUUUGUAACAUAUUUUUAGAAAAUCACAAAAAUGAAGUAAGUACAUACAUUGAUAUUGAUUGAUUGUUGGUUCUGCUUUUAGGUAUAUUUUUUAUGGACAAUGUUGUAUAACCCUUUGUAUUACGAAAAUUAUACCAAUGAGUGGGUACCAUUAAUUGUUAAAUGCAAUUUGUUAGCGCUUAG